AUGAACUUAGUAGAUUAUGAACUUUCCAAUGAUGAAGAUUCGGAUGAAGAUAAAUCAAAUAGCUUGAAAAAGGAAAAGGAUUUAAAAGAAAUAGAAAACUUAUGUAAUAAAAAUGUAGAAAAUGAAAAACCGGCAUUCAAAAUAAAGGAAGUUGAUAAUAAGAAGCCUAAUUACAAUGAUGCUAAAAAUGGGGAAAUAAAUUUGUACAAUGACAAUGAAAAUGAUAAAGAUGGAAACGAUAAAAAUAAUAAUACUUCGAGAAGUGGACAUAAUUAUAACAUGAUAGAAGGGGAAGAAAAGUUAAAAAAUAUUAAUAAAAAAAUGUGGGAUAAUAUUGAAAAUGAUUGUAAUAGAAACAUUUUGGAAAAAAAUAAUAUUAUGAAUGUUAAUGUUGAUGAAAAUAAUUUCGAUGAAGUAUUUUAUUUACCUGAAAAUAAAUAUUCAGAAAUAUUAAAUAAAAAAAUUGAUGACUUAUCAAAGCUAUAUGAUAUAAAUUUAACUAUUAAUAAAAAUAUAAUUAAUUCAAAUGAAUAUAAGAAUCCAUGUAUUUUAGAAAAAAUUAUGGAAAUGUUUGAUAUAGACGUAUAUUCAUCCAAUUACCCAUCAGAUAUAUACAAUCCUCAUGAUUUUUUAUCAGUUGAUUUGUUUAAUGAAAAGGAAAAUCCAACUGAUCGGAAUAAAGCAAAAUCUAAAUGGUCAGAGAUGAUGUAA